CGCAUUUAUUUUUUGCACAAAGUAAUAGUAAUGGUUGCUAGUCCCGAAGUUGUAAAGGAAUUCCUGAUGUCAACAAAAUACUCUAAAGACAAAUUCUAUGAUACAGUUGCUUAUUUGUUUGGAGAAAGAUUAAUGGGAACUGGCUUAGUGACUGAUCGUGACUAUGACCACUGGCAUAAACAGAGGAGGAUUAUGGAUCCCGCUUUCAACAGAGCCUACUUGAUAGAUAUGAUGGGAACUUUUAAUGAGAAGGCUGAAGAGAUGAUGGAGAAGCUUGCAGAAAAGGCGGAUGGAAAAAGUGUUAUUAGAAUGCACGAUAUAAUCAGUAGACUUACGCUGGAUGUCAUUGGAAAGGCUGCAUUUGGGCUAGAGCUAAACUCCCUACAUGAUGACCAGACUCCUUUUCCAAAUGCCAUCUCACUGAUCAUGCAAGGUAUGGUGGCAUCACGCAAUCCUCUGUUAAAGUAUACUCCAGGAAAGCGAUCAUUUGUUAGAGCUAUCCAGGAAAGUGUUCGGCUGUUGCGCCGCACAGGAAGAGAAUGUAUUGAGAAAAGGCAGAAACUGAUACAGGAGGGAGGAGAGAUCCCAGCAGAUAUACUGACACAAAUUCUCAAGGGAGCAGCCUUGGAAGACAACUAUGACUUUGAGAGUUUGUUAGACAACUUUGUCACUUUUUUCAUUGCCGGUCAUGAAACCACUACCAACCAGUUAUCUUUUGCUGUGAUGGAACUGGCCAGAAAUCCAGAUAUACUGGAAAAAGUUCAGGAUGAAGUGGAUGAAGUGAUCGGCUCUAAAAGGGAAGUUGACCAUGAGGACCUUGGAAAGCUACAAUAUUUGUCACAGGUUCUGAAAGAAACCUUGAGGCUAUACUCUACAGCACCAGGCACAUCACGGGUAUUAGAAGAGGAAAUGGUUAUUGAAGGUGUGAGAAUCCCCCCUAAUACUACUUUGAUGUUUAACUCCUAUGUAAUGGGAAGAAUGGAGCAGUUUUUUAAAGAUCCCCUCACCUUUGAUCCUGACAGAUUCAGUCCAGAUGCUCCCAAGCCGUAUUUUACUUAUUUCCCAUUUUCUUUGGGACCACGUUCCUGUAUCGGUCAGGUGUUUGCUCAGAUGGAAGCCAAAGUGGUGAUGUCAAAACUUCUGCAGCGAUUUGAGUUCCAGCUGGAGGAAGGACAGAACUUUAAGAUAUUGGAUACAGGGACCCUUAGACCCAUGGACGGGGUAAUGUGCCGACUGACACCACGGAGAAGCAAUAGAUGAAACACUGACCUUAAAACUGCUACAUUGGUUCCCAGCCAUUUUAUUUUUACAUUGGAACACCCUUGAUGUUCAUUAGACAUUUGUAUCAAACAUUGCCUUAAUUUUAGAUGCACAAUAAACACAAGACAAAUAAAUAGAAAUGAAAAUACUGUGAACAAGCAUAUAUAGGAAAUGGUAUACAGUGUAUCUCAAAAUUAUUUUUUUAGCUUUAUAUUUAAGGAAAUUUUAAAUGUGUUAGUGUUUUGCUUUUUGAAAAAUAUAUUUUCCUGUCCUGAAUUAAUAAAUGUCUCUCUACAUUAAUAGAGUUUUGGGGGUUGCCCAUAUCAACCAAUGAGUAUCUGCAGAAAUUAAACCAAUACUUCUGUAUUAGUUUCUUUUUAAAUAUGUUUAAAUACUGCUCUUUUAUAUGCGUGAUAGGUGAUUUUUAAUAUAAAAUCCCUGUAAAGAACCGUAUCAUGAUCAUAGGUUAAAAAACACUGAACUACUAUACAAACUGUUAUAUUUAUUUCAUAGUUGAUCUUUUUAAUAUGCUAGUUGAUUUAAAAAUAAGGUAUUAAUCACAAUUUAUCAUGUUAAGCAAUGAGCCACUUUUGGUGUUGACGCUCACAAAUCGCUAUUUUACUGUUUAUAGUCAACAUUUGUUUUAAUAUUUCAGUAAAAAAAUGUCUCAAUA